AUGAGUGUCGAAGAUAUAACUACGGAACAAUUGGAAAAUGCUACAAAAUCAUUUGUUUCAAUUGAAUCUGCCACUCAAAUUAGUAGGAGAUAUGUUAGAAAAAAAUUGGAGGAAAUUUUUAAUUUAGAGGAAAAUGCACUAUAUGAGAGAAAAAAGGAAAUUAAUGAUAUCGUUGAAAAAGUAUUAACAAAUCUUCUUGAAGAAGAAAAUAUGAAAAAAAAUGAAGGAUUUUCAAUGAAAAAUGAAGAAGUAAAUAAUAUAAAAAUCAAUGAUGAUAAAAAGGAAAACUUAGACAGCAAAUCAAAUUUUAUAAAUAAUAAUAAGGAUGAAAUAAAAGAGGAAAUUAAAAAUGAAAAUAAUGAUAAUAAGUCACUGUGUGCACUUUCAGAUGAAGAUAAAAACUCAUCAAAAAAAAGAAAAAAAAGUAGCAAUGAUGCGGUUUCAACUAGAAAAAAACAAGCUAAUAUAAUGACAAAAGAGUAUUUUUUAAACAAUGCAAAAUCAUUAUUCUGCAAUAUAUCAGAAAAUAUAAAAUUAAAAUUAGAACCAAGAAUUUUCAGUACUGGAAGUUGUGGAUGGCAUAUGAUGGAUAAAGUUUAUCUUCUAGUAGGGGAUCAUAGUGUUCUUUGUCAAUUUUGUAUAAAUUGUUCAGUUAUUGGUAGCAAACAAUGGAAUUAG